UUGGCUGUUUUUCAAUAACAUAGUGUACCGUACAAAAAAGUAAUAUACAAAAUGAGUUUCUUCAAAGAUUUGUUUGGUAGUAAGAAAAAGGAGCCAACCACUGGGGAGGCCAUCCAAAAACUCCGUGAAACUGAAGAUAUGUUAAUGAAAAAACAAGAUUUUCUCGAAAAGAAAAUCGAAAUGGAGGUAACUUUAGCAAAAAAGAAUGUGUCGAAAAAUAAGCGAGCCGCAAUACAAGCACUGAAAAGAAAGAAGCGUUACGAGAAACAAUUACAACAAAUCGAUGGAACUUUAAGUACAAUUGAAAUGCAACGGGAGGCUUUAGAAGGGGCUAAUACUAACACGGCGGUUCUUACAACUAUGAGGCAAGCAGCUGAUGCUCUUAAACUUGCGAAUAAUCACUUGGAUGUGGAUAAAGUGCAUGAUAUGAUGGAUGAUAUUGCCGAACAACAAGAUGUUGCUAAAGAAAUCUCUGAAGCUAUUAGUAAUCCGGUUGCUUUUGGACAGGAUGUUGAUGAAGAUGAAUUAGAAAAGGAAUUGGAGGAAUUAGAACAAGAAGCUUUGGAAGAUGAAUUACUUAGAGUUGGUCCAUCAGCUACGGAUGAAUUACCAGCUGUUCCACAAGAUGAAGUUGCAGUUAAACCUAAACCAGCUCCAAGAAAAGUUGAAGAGGAUAAGGAUGAUUUGGAAGCACUCCAAGCUUGGGCAAAUUAAAUUCAGUUUCCGAAUAGACACACUUACCUUGUUAUAUAUAGAGAGAUUUAACUUAUAUGAUUAAAAGAAUCAUAAUAUUCGGGCAAUGGCGUUCAUCGCAUCAGCGUAAGUUAAUUUAGGUGCAUCGCAUAUUGUAAAAAAUUAAAAACUUAUAACAAACAACAAUGAAAUUACUAUUAUAAAAAUUUAAUUUUCUUUUCUAAAUAUGUUAUCACACGCAAGUCUAUGCUUAAAACUGAAGAAGGAUAUGGAAAAUAAUCAUUUCAAUUGAUGAAUAGGUUAUGUUAAAUAUUUAAGACAUACUUAGAAAUUUUAUUAUUUCGUAAUUUGUAUAUUG